AUGGAGAAGUUUUAUUAUUUUCUGCCAUCAGUGCUUAAAAACUGGCUAACAACACCAGACAGUGAUGAAGAGGAAGAAGUCGCGGCCGGAGCAACAGAAGAGGAAGAAGUUGCAGAGCAGGAUGAAGUUGCGUCUGGUGCAACGGAGCAGGAAGAAGUUGCGGGCAGAGCAACAGAAGAGGAAGAAGUUGCGUCUGGAGCAACAGAGCAGGAAGAAUUUGGAUCUGGAACAACAGAGCAGGAAGAUGCUGUGACCAAAUUAACAAAACAGGAAGAAGUUGAGAGAGACUUCUAUGAGAAUAUCUCUGGUAAAAUGCAGCAAAAGAAACUCUGCUUUUGGAAGAACAGAGAAACCCAUUUGAAAGGGCAGACCCUUGCCAGGCAGCUCUACCACCAGGAGGAGUUCAGAUGUCCGGAGACUAUCCGGGAGCUGAGUGAGGAUCUGGAAUUAGCCAAGGUAACAGUGAAAGCGUACGUGACGUACUUUAAGUUUGGGUCGAUGUCUCUGAACAAGGCUCUCCGAUCGUUCCUCAGAGUGUUUUGGCCAGAGGAUGAACUUGAGAUUCAGCAUCUCCUUAUAACACACUUCUCUCGUCGGUACCUUACAUGUACUGGACAACGGCUCGCCUUACAGAUUGUAGUGUACUACCUGAGUUGGGCCAUGAUCAUACUGAAUGCUGAUCUUAAUGGCAGUCACAAAGGGAGGAAAAUGACUUGUGAAGAAUUUAUUGACAACCUGAUUAGUGCGAGAUGCAACUUUCAGUAUUCUCUGAAACCCUUGAAGAACAUCUAUAAAUCGAUCAAAACGAAGCCGCUUAAAGCGUUCAGAGUUAAAACUAGAUGUCGGUCUGUGGGCAGAAAGGAAACAUCGAUACCAGAGGAUUCUGGCUGUAAGUCAUCAUUUGGGACUGACAACAACCCUACCACUACUGUCCACAAAACAGGAAAUCUCAUCUGCAAAAGAGUUACAGAUGAGAACGGGAGAAAAACCAAAAAGUGCCAGAGAGCAUGGAAGCAGUUUACUGCAGUUAUAAAAGGCAUGGUUCUGCAUUUACAAAAAGACACAUCUGACUUGUGCGAGGCAGACAGCAAGAAUGCCAUUAGACUGCAUCAUGCCAUGGCAUACCCUGUAGAUUACAAAAAGAGGCCCCAUGUGCUGUGCCUCAAGACCGCAGACUCCAGAUUCUUCUACUUCCAGGCUGAGAGUGAAGUAGAGCAGACAUCAUGGGUUGCGAUCAUUAACCUCAUCGCCGCCCGUUACUCUGCUCCUCCACUCACUUCUGCUUCACACAGCAUCAAGGCACAUCACCCUCAGGUCCUACCUUCAUUCCCCACCACUCUGUCUCUAGAGCAGCAGCUCGAGUACCACAAGGACCAGUUACAGAGGGUUUCAGAACAUAUGGGCUACUAUCUGACAUUGCCUCUUUGGGAUGGUACUUUACCUUUAGCUUAUAUGGAGCAGGAGGUGAAGCGCUACACAACAUAUGAGCUGAAGAGAGGAGAGCGAAUGGAGAUGGUGGUGGAUAUCUACGAGAGUGCAGAUGCUGUUAGAGGUCAAGACGCUGAAGCAUAA